ACACACUGCAGCCCGUUCAGCUCCACACUAGCCUUUUCCCCAUCUCUCUACCAGCCGCUGGACUCCGCACGUCUCACCGUCUCACCGUCUCACACCGGAGCACCGAGCGGGUACCGGCCAGCAGAACGUGCGUAUAACCUGUCAUCAUGUCCUCAGUGCUGCAGAAGCUGAUCACCCCUCUGGCCAGCAGCCCUGCUGAGCCUCCCAGGAACAAGGUGACGGUGGUCGGGGUGGGCCAGGUGGGCAUGGCCUGCGCCAUAAGCAUCCUGCUGCGGGACCUGUGUGACGAGCUGGCUCUGGUGGAUGUGAUGGAGGACCGUCUCAAGGGAGAGCUGAUGGACCUGCUGCAUGGCAGCCUCUUCCUCAAGACCUCCAAGAUAGUGGCUGACAAAGACUAUGCGGUGACGGCCAACUCUCGCCUGGUUGUGGUGACGGCCGGUGUUCGCCAGCAGGAGGGCGAGAGCCGCCUUAACCUGGUGCAGAGGAAUGUCAACGUCUUCAAGGCCAUCGUCCCCCAGAUUGUCAAGUACAGCCCCAACUGCACCAUCAUUGUGGUUUCCAACCCCGUUGAUGUGUUGACCUAUGUGACCUGGAAGCUGAGCGGUCUGCCCAAGCACCGCGUCAUCGGCAGCGGCACCAACCUGGACUCGGCCCGCUUCCGCUACCUGAUGGCCGAACGCCUCGGCAUCCACGCCAGCUCCUUUAACGGCUGGGUGCUGGGCGAGCACGGAGACACGAGCGUCCCAGUGUGGAGCGGCGCCAAUGUGGCAGGAGUCAACCUGCAGAGCCUGAACCCGGACAUUGGCACUGAUGGUGAUGAGGAGCAGUGGACGGCCACACACAAGGCAGUCGUGGACAGCGCCUACGAGGUGAUCAAACUGAAGGGCUACACCAACUGGGCCAUCGGUCUGAGCGUGGCAGACCUGACGGAGAGCAUCGUCAAGAACAUGAGCCGGGUCCACCCGGUCUCCACCAUGGUCAAGGACAUGUAUGGCAUCGGAGAGGAGGUCUUCCUGUCUCUGCCCUGCGUGCUGAACAGCACCGGCGUGAACAGCGUGGUCAACAUGACCCUGACGGACGGCGAGGUGGGCCAGCUGAGGAAGAGCGCCGCCACGCUGUGGGGCAUCCAGAAGGACCUCAAGGACAUCUGAACACCUCCACGAUGCCUGGCGACACGCAGACACCCCCUUUAUCACGCCCCCUCUCUCACACUGUAGCGCUGUGGUUUUGAAGGAGAACAGAUUGUGUGGGUGUAAACUUCAGUUUUACAUCCGGCAUCCGGCCUGAUGGGACUGAUCACACAGGUGCUGCAUUAUGUCACCAUCUACUUCUUGUCUAUCUUUUAGUCUCUGAAAGACGACUGUGCUCCUUUAAAAGAUCCACAGAAUCUCUCCCCACCAGAUUGUAGACUGAUGUUGGUGUGUUACUGUGAUUGUGUGUAGAGAUGUGAGGUGACCUGUGUUACUGUUCUCGAUCAGCUGUUUGGACCAGGAUCAAACACAACUGUCCCGGUCCUCCUCCACCACUCGUGUAUGAGUCGUUCCUUUAGUUCCCUGCAGGGAAGCACUCAGAGAAAGACCCGUAGAGGAUCCAAGAAGGUGCACUUUUCCUUCCUUCUGUCUAAAAGUGGUAGUUUACAGCAAGUUCCUCAGUGUGAGCAAAGGGAGAGGAACGUCCAGCUCCAGAUGUUUGUCUGACCUUGUGUUGUGUGUAACUUAAUAAAGUGGAACCUGGUAAAGGCUAG